AUGACUCGAGAUCACUACAACAUACUAGACAUCACUCCUAGCCUAAAAAUAAAUUGGACUGUGCUGGUCCAAGUUCUGGAAGUUGGCCACGUACUAGAAACCAAUAACAAAAGCGAAUAUAGAAGGCUUCUUUUUACUGAUAGUCAGGGAACAAGGGUAACAACAUUGAUCUUUGAGUUCCAUCUUACCCAUUUUAAAAAUACAUUCGAACCGUACAGACGGUACUCCGUUUCAAACGCAAAUUUGAUCAAAGCACAAACUCGAUUCCUCGUAAGCUCAUACCCACACUCCUGGUCACUGAAUAAAAUUACACUCGUUGAACCUCAUCCAGAGAUCGACCCACCUGUGCUCCCAUGUCACUUUGCGUUUACUCCAUUCAACCAACUCUAUAGGUUUGCAGAUGAAGAAAAUUAUCAGAGUAUACGAGCUGUUGUUGUCAGAUGCCUCCCAAGCGAACAAGGGGAAGACCCAUCAAAUCGUUUCUCAAGAAGAGAUAUUGUAAUUGUAAAUGAGGAGAAGAAGCUUAUGAUACUUACACUGUGGGGCUCUCUUGAUCAAAAAGAAGGUCGUGAAUUGGAGCAGAAGAUUGAUGAUGUACCCAUGAUUUUUGCAAUGCGGGUUAAAGUCACCACUUUUUAUGGACUUUCACUAUCAACAAAAGGGGCAUCAGCAAUCCUUAUUAACCCACCAGUCACAGCAGAACUGCAGCUCAAAGCAUGGUAUAACGAGAACAGAAGUGAGAUACAAGAAUUACUUAACAAAGAGUCAUACAAGGAUGUUGAUCUGCUGCUGCCAUACCCACAAGAACCGGACAUCCUUCCGAUAGCUACAGCAAUAGAAAGACUGAAAAAUGGUAAACCAACAUGGAUGCGAGGGAACCUAAGAUUACAACAUGAAGACAACACAUUCACACAUACAGUAUGUGCUAAUUGCUUAAAAUCAAUUGGAGUAGAUGUCACUUGGAUCAUAACAUGUAAUUUCUAUAAGAAAGAAUCAGAGGUUGAGAUAAGGUCAAGAGCUAUAGUUGAAAUCAAUGAUGGAACCGCAUCCAUCCGCACAAGCAUAGCAAGUCCCGAUCUUGAAAAGUUUAUCCCAUUCAGUCCUCAAGAAGUUAAGGAUGCAGAAGAGGAAGGAACAAAUAUCUAUAAUAUCAUUUCAUCAUCCAUUGACAAAUCAUCAGUUGUUGCAUUUGUACGAUCGUACACAACCUCCCACCAAAGGAAAUCCACAACAAGAUAUGUCAUUGUGAAGGCACAUAAAACGAAAGACAACAACCUUAUCGAAGGAAGUGGUGCUCAAGAAACUAAUCUGAAGCCACGCCCAACUGAACAAGAAGCAAUGAAGGCAGAAUGUUAUGAACAGAGUCGGAAGGAUACCCAAUUACAAGUGCAACCGUUGAAGGAAAUUGUAGGUUCAACAGAUGGUGCGGUAACUCAAAUUAAAGAAACCGAUCAACAUAAACCAGAAGAGAAGGAAAUAGUCACAGUUACUCCUGAUAUCAUUCUCAAGCCACACGAGAUCAAACAAGAAGCACUUAAACGAGCAUCUAAUCAACAAACUCAAAAACGAUCCCAAUCAGAAUUCCAUCCACUUAAGGAAGUUCAUGGUUCAACAGUUGGUGCACCAAGGCCAACUAAAAGAACCAAAUAA